UGUGUGUCCAUAGUAAAGCCUCACACACACACACACACACUGUGAGCUGCAGAGAAGCUGAACCAUGGAGCCGUUUCCUGUCCGGCACUGAGAGCGGAUUAAACACCGCGGAUGUUGUUUGUUUAUGUUUAUGAAGUGUUAAUGCGCACUGAUCAUGCCGGUGAGGACACUGAUGGACUCCGUGAAAAUAAAAGCGCAUUUCGGCGGAGACAUGCUGAUCUCGUACCUGGACUCAGGUGUGUCCUUCUCAGAGAUGUGUGAGGAGGUGAGGAAGAUUUGCAGUGUCCACAGGAACUUACCCAUCACUCUCAAGUGGAUUGAUGAUGAAGGUGACCCUUGUACCAUCUCGUCACAGAUGGAGCUGGAUGAGGCGUUUCGGAUCUACAGCCGGAGCAGAUCAUCUGGACUCCUCCUGCACGUGUUUCCCAGUAUUCCGGAGAAGCCAGGCAUGCCGUGUCCUGGAGAGGAUAAAUCGAUUUACCGCCGCGGUGCUCGACGAUGGAGAAAACUGUACAGAGUCAACGGCCAUCUGUUCCAGGCCAAACGCUUUAACAGGAAAGCCUACUGUGGACAUUGCAGUGAAAGGAUAUGGGGUCUGGGGAGUCAAGGCUACAAGUGUAUAAACUGCCGCCUGCUGGUUCAUAAGCGCUGUUAUAAACUUGUCCCUCUGACCUGUCAUAGGCAUAUGGAUCCAGUCAUGCCAUCCCAGGAGCCGCUGGUUGAUGAGAGAGGAGGAGAAGAGGAAGUGGAGCUUCCCCCGGAGGACACAGAGGACACGGAGGACACAGACAGAAUAGCGUUCCUGCCCCACAGUCGGACAGUGGAGAAAGCAGAUGACGACCCUGAGGGUGUGGUGGAUGGGAUGGAGAAGUUGCAGCUAUCAGAGACCCUGACUCUGUCUGAUUUUGAUCUGAUGCGUGUAAUUGGACGAGGGAGCUACGCCAAGGUGCUACUGGUGCGUCUGAAGAAGAAUGAACAUGUUUAUGCUAUGAAGGUGGUGAAGAAAGAGCUGGUGCAUGAUGAUGAGGAUAUUGACUGGGUUCAGACAGAGAAGCAUGUCUUUGAACAGGCCUCCACUAACCCUUUCCUUGUGGGCUUACACUCCUGUUUUCAAACUGAGAGCCGGUUGUUCUUGGUGAUCGAGUAUGUAAACGGAGGAGACCUGAUGUUCCAUAUGCAAAGACAACGGAAACUUCCAGAGGAACAUGCUAGGUUCUAUGCUGCUGAAAUCUGCAUCGCUCUGAACUUCCUGCAUGAGAAGGGCAUCAUUUACCGAGACCUGAAACUAGACAACGUUCUUCUGGACCAGGAUGGACACAUCAAACUCACAGACUACGGCAUGUGCAAGGAGGGGAUCAGACCCGGGGACACAACCAGCACUUUUUGUGGCACGCCGAACUACAUUGCACCUGAAAUCCUCCGAGGAGAAGAUUACGGGUUCAGUGUGGACUGGUGGGCUCUUGGAGUGUUGAUGUUUGAGAUGAUGGCUGGUAGAUCUCCAUUUGAUAUUAUGACUGACAAUCCAGAUAUGAACACAGAAGAGUAUCUCUUCCAGGUGAUUUUGGAGAAGCCGAUCCGUAUUCCUCGCUCGUUAUCAGUUAAAGCAGCGAGUGUGUUAAAAGGCUUUCUGAACAAGGAUCCAAAGGAGCGGCUGGGGUGCCAGGUUCAGACGGGUUUCACAGAUAUUAAAUCUCACACGUUCUUCAGGAGCAUCGACUGGGACCAGUUGGAGCAGAAGCAGGUAACACCUCCGUUUAAACCUCAGAUCACUGAUGAUUACGGAUUAGAGAACUUCGACACACAGUUCACUAACGAACCUGUACAGCUCACACCGGAUGAUGAGGAUGUGAUAAAGAGAAUAGAUCAGUCAGAGUUCGAGGGCUUCGAGUACAUCAACCCCCUGCUGCUCUCCUCUGAGGAAACAGUAUGAGGAGGAACCGACCGGUUCUGUUGGCUCGACCGCGGCUCUGAGCGAGACACACAGGGCUUUCAGUUCUGACUUCAGCAAGCGAGAGAGAAAAAAACUCUGUACAUUGAAAACUUCUCAUCUUUCAGACUCGUUUCCUCAUCUCGCACUCUCUCACACACUCUCAGACUCGACUAAAGUUGUGAAACAAAACGAAAACAGAAUUGAAGUUUUACACAACAAAAUGCAGUUCCCAUAAAAAUCACCCAGAUUGUCUUCCUCCUUCCCAUCAGCCUCUCUGAUUUUGUUGUUCUUUGUGCCUGCACUUGUCACAGACUUCAUUACCCAGAAUCCCCUGCUACAGCCCAUGGUUCUAUUUUCUUCUUCUUGUAUUUGUUGUUUUUAACCGAAUCUCAGAUGUUGGCAUGUGCCGAUGUUCAGGUUUAUAUUAUCUGUUUAUGAAGCAGCAUAAAGAUGAGGCGUCUCAUCCACAUCCCCCUGAAUCCCAUAAUUCGCGUCAUCAGACGAGAGAAUGUGAAAAUCACAGAUCAUUUCAUCAUCAUACUGUAGUCAUUUAUCUGAAGUAGUUUGAGGUAAGAAGUGUGAGGUCACAAUAUAGAGCUGUAAUAUCGGCACAUGCUCACUCCAAACACGAAUGUUAAAUUAAACACAAUGUUUAUUUAAAAAGAAAAGUUUAAUUGUAAUUAAUUAUGUCUGAAGUAUGUACAAUGCUUUUUUCAACAAUCAGGGCCAUGAUUUACUCACAAAUCAGCAGAUAAACCGUUGAAGGAACAAAAAGUGCCUCAAAGAUCCAAUAACCAUGAGAGUCCUCACUAAACUCUAUAAACUCUAAAUGACUUCUGAUUUAAAUGGAGUUUAGACACAGGGAUGUGAAAAGAUCACACAGAUCACCGCUGAGCCUCAAACUGCACCGAAUAUUAUUCAUUUAAAACUGAAAUCACACACAUAAGAACUCGCACCUCAGUGAGGUGACAGUCACACGGUGCAGAGUGUGUAUAAAACAGGACCGUGUCUCAGUUACACUCACUUCUGAACAUUAACACAAUAGAUUUUAAUAAUCGCCGAGUUUCCUCCGCAGGGUGGCUGGGCGCUCCCUUAGAGACAGGGUGAGGAGCUCGGUCACCCGGGAGGAGCUCAGAGUAGAGCCGCUGCUCCUCCACAUCGAGAGGAGUCAGCUAAGGUGGCUCGGGCAUCUGUUCCGGAUGCCUCCUGGACGCCUCCCUGGGGAGGUGUUCCGGGCAUGUCCAACCGGGAGGAGGCCCCGGGGAAGACCUAGGACACGCUGGAGGGACUAUGUCUCUCGGCUGGCCUGGGAACGCCUCGGUAUUCCCCCGGAAGAGCUGGAGGAAGUGUCUGGGGAGAGGGAAGUCUGGGCGUCCCUGCUUAGACUGCUGCCCCCGCGACCCGGCCCCGGAUAAGCGGUAGAAAAUGGAUGGAUGGAUGGAUGGAUUUUAAUAAUCUGAGGUGCAGUAGUCCCACCCCUUCCUCUACACAGACUAGACUGUGGCUGCAUUGUGAGGCUAGAACGCUAAUGUAGAUAACAAGCCAUGAAUUCUGUCUUUUUAAAUCUCUGUUGUGUAUUUGAACAAAGGAACCUGGUGAACAUCUACAAUGACUUAGAGACAUUUAAUGUAACCCUGCACCCUAUAGCCCCGCCUCCUUCUGGUCCCACAUUCACAUGACCAAUAAUAGUAAUAAUAAACACACACACACACACACACACAAAUUAAAUGAAGGUACAGUACAAUUCCUGCUCACUCACUGAUUUUUUUCCUGAAUAAUUAAAACAUUAUUUCAAGAAAAUGUUUUGACAUCUUCACUUUGCUGCCAUGUGUUGGUGGAGUUUAGUGUCAUCCUUCUCUCCUGAUGAGAAAAGAGCUCAUUGAUUACAGCUGAUCUGUGUGCUAGCGAUGCUAAUAGGGUUAGUUAACAGUGUGUGUAAGAGGAUGAGAGAUAAGAGCAAUUAGCACUGUAUAAAGGGGCAGCAUGGGAGAUAAUGAGCUGAUGAUUUAGCAUGUUGCUAACAAAGCACAGAUUUCAGGAUGCCAUUCUAAUGAAGUAAAACCUAGAAGAUACAAAUAAAUAAUUACACCAA